GGGCGAUGGCGAGAGCGGCGCUGGGCCUGUGCAGGCGGCAGCUGAGCGGGGGCUGCGGCCCGGGAGCCCCGGUCCUCCUGCGGCAGUUGUUUGAGCCCAACAGCUGCACAUACACGUACCUGUUGGGUGACAGAGAGUCUCGAGAGGCCGUUCUGAUCGACCCGGUUCUGGAGACAGCACCUCGGGAUGCCCAGCUGGUUAAAGAGCUUGGGCUGCGGCUGCUGUAUGCCGUGAACACGCACUGCCACGCCGACCACAUCACGGGCUCCGGGGCGCUCCGCUCCCUAUUCCCUGGCUGCAAGUCUGUCAUUUCCCGCCUAAGUGAGGCCCAAGCAGAUUGGCACAUUGAGGAUGGUGACUCUAUCCGCUUCGGACGCUUUGCCUUGGAGACCCGGGCCAGUCCUGGCCACACCCCAGGCUGUGUCACCUUUGUCUUGAGUGACCACAGCAUGGCCUUCACUGGAGAUGCCUUGCUGAUUCGAGGAUGUGGCCGCACAGACUUCCAGAAAGGUUGUGCCAAAACCCUGUACCACUCUGUCCACGAGAAGAUCUUCACGCUUCCGGGCAACUGUCUGGUGUACCCGGCUCAUGAUUAUCGCGGGCUCACCGUGUCCACUGUAGAGGAGGAGCGGACUCUGAACCCUCGGCUCACCCUCAGCUGUGAGGAGUUUAUCAAAGUCAUGGACAACUUGAACUUGCCUAAACCUAAGCAGAUAGACAUUGCCGUUCCUGCGAACAUGCGCUGUGGGGUGCAGGCCCCACCUUCCUGACCCUUGUCAGUCAGAUGCGUGAGUCCAUUCUUGAGAAAGCACUAGGUGGGUUGAGGACAGAGGUCACCACAGCUCCUCUCCUCUCCCACCCUUACUCCCUUCCCUGUCCCUGAAACUUCAUAAAUAAAACUUUGUUUUUGUCAUGAA